AUGACCAAUUUCGAUCAUGAACGGCUCUCAAUAUGUAUUGGAGGUACAAGACAAGCAAGAGUGGCGCUAGGAGCGGCUAUGGAAUACGUGAUGCAGAGAGAAGCAUUUGGGAAGACUCUAGUUGACCAGCCGGCUGUGAGACAUCGUUUGGCGAUCUGUGGUGGUAUGGUUGAGGCACAAUGGAGCUGGAUUGAGCAGAUGACAUACAUGAUGAGCAAGAUGGAGAAAGUGGAGGCAGAUCAGGAACUUGGAGGCCUUACGGCUCUGGUGAAAGCCCAGACAGGCCACAUUUUGAGUGAAUGCGCGCAGUGUGCAGUAUUGCUUUUUGGGGGGAAGGGCUACACAAGGACGGGGCAGGGAGAGUUAGCCUAUCGCGAGGUGCCCGGGACUCGUAUCCCCGGAGGUAGUGAGGACGUGCUUUUGGAUUUGUCAGUUAGACAGCUGGUAAAGAACUACAAGAAUAAGAUUGAAGCGCUACAGAAAGAUGCAAGUCCUAGAUUGUAG